AUGUUGGCAACCUCGCAACCGAGCCCCAGCAGCUUUCCUCGCCCGUCACCCUCGUCCACCCCCAUUCCGUCCUCCUUUCUCCGCCCCGGCAGCAAGGAUGGCGACCGACAAGCGAUCUGGGUGCCCAUGCUCAACAGCGCCUCCAAGGGCAAAGACCUGUCUGAAAAGCAACUCAUCCUGCUCGGCGGCACCCCGGACCAACAGCGCGGAUUCCUCGAGCAAUUGAACCCUCCCAAUCAAAGAGCACGUUACGCCAACAACGACCGACGACGGCAACCUAGAAUAGCCCCGAUCUCGAACCGCUACGCGCUGGGAUAUACCUAUCACGAUGUGUUGGACGCCGACCAGGAAGACGUGCUGGCGAGGAUGAACAUCUACAUGCUGACGAACCCCUCGGCGAACUUCGCACCACUCCUCAAGCCGCUUUUCACGCCCAAGACGGUCAAAGCUACGUUGAUUACAAUCUUGCUGGAUUGGUCGGAUCCCUUGAAGUGGGCACGACAACUACGGCAGUGGAUCCGGUUGCUGAGGGCCGUGAUAUUGACGCUGGACGAGCAGACAAAGAUCGAGAUGGAGGAAAUCAUGACGGCCUGGAAGGAGAAGAGAAUUGGGCCCGAUGCUCCUUCUGCCCAACCCGGCAGUGGCAGCAGCGCGACGGCGGCGGCUGAGCAGAGAUCGGUUGUCCCACCGGGACCAGGAGAAUGGGACGAAGGACUCGGCAUUCCGUUGUCGGUGGUUUGUAUACAGGCGGAAAAGAUCCAGGACCUGGAACGGGACCACGGCUGGGGGGAAGAUCAGUUUGACUUCCUGAUGCAAUGGCUGCGAUGUGUUCUGCUGAAACAUGGAGCCUCGCUCGUCUAUACUGCCACAUUCGACCCCAACAACGUCCGGACGCUGGUGCAUUCGAGUCUGAGUAUUCAAUCCCUAUUGAAGCGGGAGGUGGCGAAACACAACAUCGUCGACCGAGAUAAGAUCCUGGUGCCGCCGAACUGGGACUCCUGGGGGAAGAUUCGGAUUCUCAAGGACGGGUUUGACCCGGAGGCCGUGGCGAAUGCCUGGUCUGUGGAGAUACAGCCCCCUCCCGAAGAGAUAUUCGACCUCUCAGCGAAAGGCUCCGACCAAGAGCCCGAGGGCUCUUCUCAGAACAGCGAGGCCGACUCAGCAUCAGCAGUCCAGCUGUUUGAGAGCACGCUGCGCCGUCCCGCCGACAUACGGCCCGCGUUCCAGCCACGUACGCACGACGAAGCGGUCUCUGUGCUGUCUGUCCAAGAAUUUCUGCAAGCACAACAUGAGAUGCUCGAAAAGCUGAAGGCGGAAGACGAAAAGGCUGAGAGGAAAUCGCGAAAGGGAGCACCUGCACCCACCGGCGCUGGUGCCGGCAGUGUCGAAGCGGGCGCCGGGGAAGAGGGACCAAAGGGGGUUUCCAAUCCACGCAUGGCCGAGCACAUUGGUCCCUACCAGAUCAACGUGAAUGGGAUCGAUUUCGACGCCGAGGAGGCCACACGACGAUUGCGCGAGCGGGAGAGCGAGCGGCAGAAUGCGGCCAAGAACGUGUCCACGACGAGCGUCCCGCAUGCAUCCGGGGUCGUUACAGGGACCGGCACCAGCACGCCCAUGCGUCGUCUGGGCAGCGACCACGGCGGCGGCGGUGGUGGAGACGGGACACAGAUGUCCUCUGGGGGUGGCGCCGGCGCCAGCAAGCAGAGCAACGAAGCCAUGUCGCAGUUCUUUGCGAAUCUGAUCCACAAGAAGGACAAGAGGGGCGCCGUGAGCGCGGGUGCCAGUCCCACCCGGGUCGCAACGGGGGGCGCUGGUGGAAGUCCUGCUCCUCCUCGCGGACACGGGGCUGGAAGUGCGGCGACGGCGGCGGCAGCAGCAGCAGCAGGAGGCGGAGGAGAAGAGAGAAGACGUGAGUCUUAG